GAUAAGUAACUCUCCUAUACUAAUAGAGGUGAAAGAAUAAUUUGAGCUGAAUGUAAAUAAGGAGGUAUGUAAAGGUUAGAGGAAGUGAAGAAUUUAGAUGUGAUUGGGGAUUCAAUUGGUCUCCUUCUUUCAACGUUGUCUCCUUUAAACAGCUUUUUGGAUUUUUGAAGAGGAAAACAACUGAGGAGAGGAUGGAGCUGACAUGGGCAGGAGUUCUGCUUCUUCUCUGUAUACUUUUCACCCUUUUCUCAUCUUUCCAAAUGUACAAGAAAAAAGGGCAGCUGCCCCCUGGACCUACUCCAUGGCCUAUUCUGGGGAACCUCUUUCAGCAAGAUGUACUACCUCUAAAAAAAUCCUAUAAAAAGCUUACAGAAAAGUAUGGACCUAUAUUUACUAUCUGGAUUGGAUCAAAACCAAUGGUUGCUCUUUGUGGAUAUGAGGUGGUAAAAGAUGCUUUGAUAAAUCAAGCAGAAGAAUUUGGUGGGCGAACUAAUACGCCCUUUCACACACGAGUGUUCCAAAAUAAAGGAAUAUCUACAAAUGAUGAGAAGAAAUGGAGGGAGCUGCGACGGGUCACACUGUCCACCUUGCGAGAUUUUGGGAUGGGGAAGAAAAGAAUGUCUGAGAGGGUGCAGGAGGAAGCUCUUUGUCUGGUGAAGGAAAUGGCUGCCACAAAAGGGCAGCCUUUUGACCCAAGAAGAAAUUUGGCAAGUGCUGUUUCUAAUGUGAUCUGUGCAGUCGUCUUUGGCAAUCGAUUUGAUUACAAAGAUCAAACCUUCAUAGAGAACCAGCAGAUUGUGGAGUAUCAAAUAAGAUUUCUGACUAGUUUCCUAGGACAGGUGUACAAUACUUUUCCAAAAACAAUGGAAUACUUUUUUGGACGACAUAUCGAGUCUGAGACAGAAAAAGUCUAUGAUUAUAUCCGUGAUAAAAUGGAAUUGCACAAGAAGACAUUGGAUCCCCAGAACGCGUGUGACUAUAUUGAUUGCUUCCUUCACAGAAUGGAGAAGGAGCAGAACUCAUCUGAGGGAAUCUACACUCUUGAAGAUCUUGUGAUUACUGUGCUUGCUCUCUUUACUGCUGGGACAAUAACCACAAGCCAAACUUUGCUACGCAGCCUCCUAGCAAUGGCUAAAUUGCCACACAUUCAAGGUACAGAAAUAACUACAAAUAUAUAAAGGUGUCAACUCUUUAGGGCAGGGCUCUUCAAACAUGGCCCUUUUGUGACUUGUGGACUUCAACUCCCAGAAUUCCUCAGCCAAGCACUCUAGCUGAGGAAUUCUGGGAGCUGACGUCCACAAAUCAUAAAAGGACCAGGUUUGAAGACCCCUGCUUUAGGACUUCCAUUAAUAAUCCUGGAAAAAAAUAAAGUAAGGAUGCUGUUGAGUAAAGUAAACUCAUUGCAGCUGUAUUUCUGCAGUUUUCCUGGCAGGUUUUGGGAAGUGUUUGCCAAGAUCUUCUUACAGAAUGUUUUGUUUUGUUUUGUUUAUUUCCCAGUUUA